GUUUAUUCUUGAGUAGCUUCUGAGAGAGAACAAGAACUAAAACAAGAAUAGAAAAUGAGGUCGACUGGAUUCAUGGCGGUCUCCGCAAUGAUAUGGAUAGGACGGCUUUUCUAACUGCACACUUUCUAUCAAAAAGAUGGCCACUGCGACAACGUCAGUCGCGCUCGCGGGACAACGCGCAAUUAGCCACGUCGGCAUGGCAGUGCUUGCGAAUCUUUCUUCACCUGCUAGACGAGUUUCACGCUUUCUGCCAUACGAGGCUUGGCUACAUUACGUCCGCUGUACGGGAAUGCAGCGCGUCAUGGAGUAUCGGAACUGGGCAAAAUCUGCUCAACGUCCGCGGAACAUACCAUCUCGACCUGACCAUGUCUACAAGCAAACGGGGGAAUGGAAGGGUUGGCCUGUUGCGUUCGGGACGAGCUACGGGGAGGCAUACAGAGUACCACUUUCGAGAGAAGCCCUUCUUAAGGCGCGAGAAUCUUCUCCCAGGGCCGGGAGAGAGUGGGCCACCGCAAAGCAUGAACUGGCAAUCGAAUGGUUCCUGCAAUGCGCGGAGAAGCACACGGGCGAUCUCGAAUUCCGCCAGGUGCAUUCAAUGGCGAGUCCACAUCUUUUUGUUCGCAGACGAAGUCAACCACACGGUCAUGACGCGUGGGUCGCGAUUCAGUUGAAGUCAGCACGCUCUCUGGCGAAAAAGCUCCUUGCCGCCGAUUCUCAUGCAGCAUCACCGAAAAAUUCCGUGCCCUUCACAGGAAUCUUCUUUUGUCCAGAUAUAGUACGAGUCUUCGUUUGUCAGGACCUGAACUUGAUGCGAAUAGUUUUGCCACAAGACUUUCGUCCCAGUAGCCGGCGCACCAGGACUGCUAGAAGUAGCAACAUCAUCAAGAAGCGUUUUGCGUGUGCCAAAAUUAGCUUCGAUCCGAAGCACAACGUCGACUCCGCAGAUUUUUCAGAGUUCAGCGUACUUGAAGAAGCCCUGCCAUCGCUUGCAUUGCGCACUGAACCGGAAUGGAGAGAAAAAUUCACAUCGUGCAUGAACAGGACCAUCCUCUGCCAUGAGCACUACAGCCGACAAACGUCACAAUUUCUUUACCGACUAGCUGGAUUGCACGCGAAGAAUGCAGUGUCAGCGGCCAGUCCUUGGAACCUACAACUGGGGCGGUACAAAUGCGCACAAAAAGUUGUCAAUCUCUCCGCAGUCACGGCUAGCUCUGAGUACGGAGUGCGCGCGACGCUUGCCCGUGACGUCUACGGCCAUGGGUUGAAAUUUGGAAUUGAACGCAUCAGCAUCGCAUGCGAUAUUUCAGACGGCGUGCAUUUCUAUAUCUUUGUGCUACGUCGCAAUGAUCUCCUCUCUGGUGUCUUUGUUUUUCCGAGUAAUUUUCUCCUUGAAUAUGGUCAUAUCAGCGAUUGCAGUAACGAGAAGAGAGGCAAGAAGGCAAUCAUGCUCUAUCCUCCGGGGAACUCAUCUGCAAAAAGGAAUAAGCGCUUUGCUGCAGCACAACAACAAUUCUACAUAGCUCUCGAGGACAAGAAAUGCGCUCCACCGAAGCAGGUUUCGAAGCUCCUUUCGAUUCUCGAUUGGGCAGACACAAACGCUCAGCAAAAGAGUGGCAGCAAUGAAGUGGGUUGUACGUUUCCUUGAAAUAGUACUCGUAGAAGGACGAGGAGAUUCUAACCCCGAGACGAAUUCGACGCAUAAAUUCCAACUUCACAGUAAUUAUGUUGUUAUAAAAAGAAGAAGAGCAAGUAGUGAACAGCAAAAUCAACAUUCGUGACUUCAGCACUCUCAGCACGUCCUUGUUGAUCUUGAUACAAUGUGUUAGAAGCGUUUCGUUGUAUCGCCAUAAGAAUCAUUGUUGAACAAAAAACCGAGUUUCUUUCCAAGCUUCUAACGCCUUAAAAACGAACUGUGAUUGAUAUUUCAAAUUUGACACGGAAGGACUAUGCUUUCAUAAGGAGGGGGGAUGUCAUUGUACAGAAACGAAAGAUGGCUAGCAAUUGCAUAACGGUCCGGAGCUUGAGCAGACGAGCCAGCAGCUCCCUG